AUGGAAGAGACAGAGGAUGAAGAGAAGGCAGAAGAUGGAAGAAGUUGGGAGUUGACAAGAAGCGCCAAUACUGUCUCUCUCUUCCUCCUCCUCUUCUUACUGUCUACCCCUACUGCCUCUCCCUAUUCUACUACUCCAUCUACUGCCUACUACCUCUACUGCCUACUACCUCUACUGCCUACUACCUCUACUGCCUACUACCUCUACUGCCUACUACCUCUACCGCAAGCACACGACAUGACUCCCUACCAUCACCAGCAUACCAUCACCACCACCAGCAUACCAUCACCACCACCACCACCCAAGGACUCUCCCACGCCUCUUGACUUCCUGCUGAUCCCCAACGGCGUCCUUUUUAACUCUAAAACUUCUUCUCUUCCUCCUCCUCCUCUUCUUCCAGGUGGUUUUAAGUUGUAG